AGCGAGACUUUUACCUCUUGUCUCGUUCCGAGCCCAGCAUGCCGCCCGCGGAGGGGCCGCGGCGGCUCAGCUCCGCGCCUCCCUGCUGAGGCGAUGCGGGCGGCGCGGCCGGGCCGGAGGUAGCGCGUCCCCCGGCACCAUGAGGGAAGAGCGCGGCGCCGCCGCCUGCCCCGGGCCCGGCAGAGCCCCCCCGGCGUCCCCCGAGAGCCUGCGGAACGGCUACGUGAGGAGCUGCGCGACCCCGCUGCGGCGGGACCCGCCGGGCAGCCUGGUGUGGCUGCUGCCCGCCGCCCCGCGGGCGCUGCUCAGCCUGGGCGCCCUGGCCGCCCUCCUGCUCUCGCUGCUGGCCUUGCAGGGCCGGCAGGACGGCGGCGGCUGGCGGAGCCCCCGGCCGCUGCACGCCGUGCUGUGCCUGUCCCGCUGCCUCAGCCCCCUCUUCAGCAUCGCCUGUGCCUUCUUCUUCCUCACCUGCUACCUGGGCGCCGGCGGCGCGACCCGCCGCUGGCUGCUGGCGCUCCCCGUCUGCUGCUACUGGGGGGACUUCGUGGCGCUGCAGUGGCUGCUGCCCGCGGAGGGGCGAGAAGAGGAGCCCCGGCCCCGCGCCGAGCCGCAGAUGGUCCCGGGGCGGCUGCUGACCGUGCUGGGCUCGGUGGCGGCGCUGACCCUGCUGCGGAGCUCCCUGAAGUUGAGCCGGAGCCUCCUCGUCUUGGUCUUCUCGAGCCUGGUGUGGCUGGUGUCCCUGACCAGCCUUCACUCGCUACCCCCAGCCCUCAGACCGCUGCUGGCCGGCUCGGUGGCGGUGGCAGGCUGCCUCCUGGCACUCUGCGGCGCGGAGCGCGGCAUCUUCUCGGCUCGGAGCCCAGAGGAGCACCACCAGCAUCAUCACCACCACCCACGGCUCCCCAGCGUGGAAGAAAAAGUGCCUGUGAUCAGACCCAGGAGGAGAUCUAGCUGCGUAUCCUUAGGAGAAACUUCGGCCAGCUACUAUGGCAGCUGCAAAAUGUUUAGGAGACCCUCGUUGCCUUGCAUUUCCAGAGAGCAGAUGAUACUUUGGGAUUGGGAUUUGAAGCAAUGCUACAAGCCCUAUUACCAGAAUGCUGGCAGUGGAAAUGGAGUUGAUCUUUCAGUACUAAAUGAGGCUCGAAGCAUGCUAACAGACCUCCUGACUGACCCAUCCCUUCCACCACAAGCGAUUUCUUCCCUUCGAAGCAUUAACAGUUUGAUUGGUGCUUUCUCAGGCACAUGCAGGCCAAAGGCUAGUCCAUUCGCACCAUUUCCUGGUUUCUUCCCCUGUCCUGAAAUAGAGGAUCCUGCUGAAAAAGGAGAUCGAAAGCUGCUGAAGGGAUUAAAUAGCAGGAGUAGCCUGCCAACACCACAGCUGAGAAGAACUUCAGGAAUUUCUCCUAUAGAAUCAGCGUCUUCUAGAUGGGAACGGAGUAACAGCAAGAGAUCUCAUCAGGAAUAUAACACAUCAAGCCAAGGAUCUCGUUCAAAUGGGUCUUUUGGUGCAAACUUGCUGGCAAUACCAAAACAAAGAUCAUCUUCUAUGUCAUUGACUCAUCAUAUGGGUCCCAGACGAGGAGGUACUUCUCCUGGUGUGAGUCCUGUGAGUUCCCCUGGUCAUGGAUCUGCCUCCGGUGGGGCUUUCAGCACCUGGUCACCUGUAGAAUUUCCUGAUACUGCUGAUUUUCUUACAAAACCAAGCAUUAAUAUACAUAGGUCUCCAGGAUACACAUUUAGUUCUCCAGAUUUUCAGCAGCAAGUUAAAACACCUGUAGGUUAUAUGUGUAGCAGCUGUGGACAUCAGAUACUCAAGCCUAUUCCAACACCAGAACCAGAAUUUGCAGAAUGUAAAGACAGAAAAUCAGGUGAAACUGGAAUUGCUAGUGUUUCAAAAGAAUCUUUCCACCAUACAGAGAAGAAUAAAGAUGAAAGGAAGGAAAUGGUCAAUCAAACACAAAAUAAUCUGCUUGUGGAGGAGAGUCCUACAUUAGAAACAAUGUUGUUAGACCAUGAUUCACUAAUGGAGAAGAUGAACAAUUGGAAUUUCCAAAUUUUUGACCUUGUACAAGAAAUGGGAGACCAGUCUGGAAGGAUCCUUAGCCAGGUAACUUAUACCUUGUUUCAAGACACUGGUUUGUUUGAAAUUUUCAAAAUUCCAACUCAAGAAUUCAUGAAUUACUUCCAUGCACUAGAAAGUGGCUACCGAGAUAUUCCCUAUCACAAUCGUAUACAUGCCACAGAUGUUCUUCAUGCAGUAUGGUACCUGACAACACGACCCAUUCCUGGAUUUCAGCAAAUUCAUAAUGAGCACAUAAUGGAAAGUGAUAUGGGCAUCAAACAAUUUCAAGGACCAAGUCAAAUAUUUUCUUCCUUCUUCUCCCCUUCUGAUGAUGGCAAUGAAGCCAGUGAUAUUGCCUCUGUUCAAGUCAGCUAUAUUUCUUCAAAAAGUUGUUCUAUUGCUGAUGACAGUUAUGGGUGUCUAGCAUCAAACAUUCCUGCUUUGGAAUUGAUGGCUUUAUAUGUAGCAGCUGCCAUGCAUGAUUAUGAUCAUCCUGGUCGUACAAAUGCUUUUCUAGUGGCUACAAAUGCACCUCAGGCUGUUCUCUACAAUGACAGAUCAGUCUUAGAAAAUCACCAUGCUGCUUCUGCCUGGAAUCUUUUCUUAUCACGACCAGAAUACAACUUUUUAUCAAAUCUAGAUCAUGUAGAAUUCAAGCGUUUUCGUUUCUUAGUGAUUGAAGCAAUCCUUGCCACAGAUCUCAAGAAGCAUUUUGAUUUCCUUGCAGAAUUUAAUGCCAAGGUCAAUGAUAUCAACAGUCAUGGUAUAGAAUGGAGCAAUGAAAAUGAUCGCCUUCUGGCCUGUCAAAUAUGUAUCAAACUGGCAGAUAUUAAUGGCCCAGCAAAAGUAAGAGAGCUGCAUCUGAAAUGGACAGAAGGCAUUGUUAAUGAGUUUUAUGAACAGGGUGAUGAAGAAGCAAGUCUUGGAUUGCCCAUAAGUCCCUUCAUGGAUCGUUCUUCUCCACAGCUUGCUAAAUUGCAAGAAUCUUUCAUCACUCAUAUAGUUGGCCCCCUUUGUAAUUCCUAUAAUGCAGCUGGGUUGCUUCCAGGGCAGUGGGUUGAUGAAGAGGAGGAGGAUGCAGAAAGUACUGAAGAAGAUGAUGGAGCACAGCUAGAGAGUGAUGAUGAAGAAAUGGAAGAUGGUGUCAUUUUAAAAUCUCAAAGAAAAAAAGGAAGACGAAUAUUUUGCCAGCUAAUGCACCAUCUUAGUGAAAAUCACAAAAUCUGGAAGAAAGUGAUUGAAGAGGAGGAAAAAAAUAAAGCUGAAGGAAUUAAACUGCUGACUGAGAUCUCAUCUUUACCUCAAGCAGAUGAAAUUCAGGUUAUUGAGGAAGCUGACGAAGAAGAUGAGCGACAACUAGGAGAAGACAAGACAUGCUAAGGAAACUUCAGUGGUGUCCAGUAUGAUGACAGCCUAUUUCACUGUGCUGACUUUAGCCCAACACAGUUCACAUAAAACUGAAAGGCCUUAAUACUGUGAGAGGAUUCUUUCUACUCUAGUGGAAUCCCACUCCUAUGCACUUUUGCCACACAGAGUAUGAAACUUUAUUCCAAGAUUGAGUAUUGUAUACCCUGAUGCAAAGUUCUUUAUGCCUUAGUUGGUAUAAAAUAUCCUGAUAUAAUGCUGCCUUGCUGAAUAUGGAACUUUCCAUGAGGUACCUGCAAUUUUUAAAACAUUCAGUGACCUAAUUACCAAAGUGGCAAGAACUUUUGCUGAGAAAGAAAUGUGGGAUGAAUCCUAGUAUUGUCUUGAGUUGCUUAUUUCAUGUUGGUUUCGAACAUGAAUAAGAAAAAAUCUGUGCCUAUAUGAAAAGUAUAUUACCGUUGCAGUGCAAGCCUGUUGUGGGGUGUCUACUUAGUGCAGUAGUGUGCUUAACGUAGUCAUCUCAGAUCAACUGUUCAAGGACUGUGACAUAAAUGCUGAAUUCUGAUAUUUGUGGUUUAAAAAAAGAAGAAAAAUCCAGGUGCAUCUGUUUCUGAUGCUUUUUAUUAUUGUGCAUAAUCUAAUAAUGUUUUAUUUUUGCAGAAAAUAUUCAGGUUUGCAGUGGAUGUUUAUGAUAAUUCAUUGAGUACAAGGCCAUUAUCAUCUGUUCCCUUGCUGGUUUGUGGCAGAACAUUAAAAACCUGUUCAACUACUUAAAUUAUUAAGGAAUUUUAUUCUUUUAGUCAUAAUACUACAUUUUCUGCCCUUAUUUAGGUUCCUGUUUAAAAACAAGUCAACCACAUGACAGAUUUUUAUCAAAAAUUUACCAAUUUCCAGUAUUAUAUUUUAAGGAAAUAAGAUCGUAUUUCAUUUAUUCUUUGUAUGUAAAACUUUAGAAUAAUUAAAGAUUUAAAAAACAAACAAACAAAAAAGACAUAAGCUACUGUUUCAAAAUGGCUAGCUUACUGUAAUGUGCCCCGCAUAUUUUCUCCCUUCACAGACAUAGCUUAUAUUACCUUCAAGUUUGAUGUAUAUCCUGAAAUAUACAUAUGGAAAGCAGAAUGUGAAAACUCCAUGUAAAGCCUAAUAGUGAGAUAAACAUCAUGGUACUAUAUUACAUUUCAGAUUGUUGAGUUUUUGAAUAAGAAAUUUGGAAAUUCCACACAAAUACUUUUUUAGGAGCACUACCAUUGUAGGUUUAAUUGGAAAAUAAGGAGCAUAAAUUAGGCUACAGGUAUUUUGGAAAGCCACAAAUAAAGUUAGUUUUAAGAGUACAUCUCUUAGUACUAAACACAUAUAUGCUGUGCUGUUGAAUAAAAACAACUGCACAGGUGCAAGUUGCUAAAUGUAUCUUAGCAUAUUUGUGUUUAUGUUUACAUCGGUUGACUUGAAAAAAAAAGGUAACAUUCUUAAGACCACCUUGCAUAAUUUGUAUUGCGGUAUUUUACACAAACACGUUUUUAUUCUGCUCUUUGAUUGGCCAUUUUAAAUAACUGAAAGGAAUUCUUUUUAAUUUUCCACUAAUAAGCUUUUUGUUGAUCCAUUUAGAAGACCACUGAGAAGUGCUUUUGCUAUUUUGUAUACUCAGUGCCAACCCCCCUUUGCUGGCAUUACUACUAUCACUGCAUUUUUUGUAACACAAGCAGUGUUAAAACCAGAUAUUUCUGUCAUUAAUAAAAUAUUGCACUAUUGAAGCUGGCACUUAUUGAUCAUUCACUUGUGUUUUACAUUUGUUGUUCAUAUGUUUUCCUAACAGAUAAUUUGAAGACAACAGAAAUUAUGCUUCUUUCAGCAUGCUGUUCUCAGGACUUUGUGUUUAGCCUAUGUGUUUGUACAUAAAAAAAAAUUACUUUAAUACUGUUUAGUUACAUUUUUGCUUUGACUGAUAAAAAGGCACAAAUGAGGUUGUCUAAAGUUACUGUUAUAUUAUAUAACAGUUUUCCAUUUAGUUUCUUCUCUUGAAAAAAUAAUUAUAAAAAACUAAUAUAAAGGAAGAAUAAGCAAGUAACAACAACAAAAAAAUCUUUCACCAAAGCAUUGGCAGCAUUUAUAUCUGAUGACGACACUGCCAGCAACUUUCUUAUCUCAGGUUUCCAUUAAAUUCUUACUGAAGCAAUUUUUAGAUUCAGAAACAAGUAACAAACCCCAAUUUUUAAAUAAACUAUAAUGCUAAUAAAUUUCCAAGUAGAUAUUUUCAAGUUACAAUAGCUUGCUUCAAAGAUAUGUUUAAUUAUGAAUGUAUUAAAAAUUCACCUUAAAAUGUCUAUUAUUUAUGUAUACAUUAUUUGUGACGUUACUAUAUGAGCAAGGGUAGAAGAAUGUACAAAUGUCUUCAAAGGUUGGUUGAGGGCUUUUGCAGAAGUCCAUAUAGGUGUAGUUGGAAGUGUCUCAGUCUUUCAAAAACAUUGAUGGAGAGUCAUUUGAAUGUUGAUUGAGCUGUUGUCAAGAAUAAUACAUCUCCAUAUAGAGCACAGCAAUUAUUUUGGUAUCAAGCCACUGAGAAAUUGCCAUCAAUUUAAAUCUGUGAUCACAUUUCAAUUCACAGCUAUCAAGUGAUGCUAAGGAGCACAGAAAAGCACACAAAAGAACACUUGAAAACUACUUUCUAAAGUAACACUACCUUUUAUUUUUUUCAAAGAAGCAGGCCAAAUUAGGCUAUGGUAGAUAUACUUUUUAUGGAUAAUAUUCUCAAGUUUCAGCAAAGUCUUCAGCCCCUUUCCUAUCAAGAGUCUCCUGUCUCCUCAUUGCCUUCUUUUACAAUGCAUGUUGGAUUACUUGCUUCUGUGCAUACAGUGCAUACAGAACUAGGCUGCAAAUGUUCCUACCACGACCCAAACUCCCUCCAUGCCUCUGAAGCCCUCUGGGUGUGAUGGUGGUACUAAACUAGUCAAAAAGUACUGCUUGUAUCCUCUUCUUGUGAGUUCUUCCUUCAUGAAAAUGUUAGACAAUGAGUCUAAGAUCCAAAAUGAAAGACUGGUGUAACAUUAUUUAAGGUAAGUCCAAAUUAACAAAGUUUGCACAAGACCUGAUUUGCUUUCUGCAUAGAGCCAUUUCUUCUCUGUACUUGCAUUCAAUUUUAGGCACAACCAGUGGCAGGUGAAUCAACGAGAGGAUUCAAGAGCUCACUUUUAGCUCUGGUGCUUCCUCCUGGGCAGGCAUAGUUGAGGUCGGACUUCUGGUUCCUCUAAAAGCACACACAGAAUUUGAGGUAAUCCAGUGUGUGGCACUAACAGUUGUGGGGCAGUACUUUCCCUUUUGUCCAAAUAACCUUUGAGAAGAUGUGAGUGGUGCAGAACUGGAAGUGUCUCAUGCUGAUGAGUACGAGAUAAGGAAUCCCCAACUGUGAGACGGGUUUUAGAGUAAAGGAAGUGAAUUAGCUUAGGUGAUAAGAAUUAUGAAGAACAAGUAAGAAUGGCAUACACACACACAUAAAAGAUACAUUCUUAUUCAGAGGAGAACCUUGUUGUUUCAAGCUAGUUCUUCACAAGAAUAUAGGAACAGGAUUGUAAGAAUAUUUUGGAUUGGAUAUUUUAUAAACUGGACUAUUUGGAUUGUUAGAAAUUACAAUAGAAGUGAAAAUUUGUACUACUAAUGAUGAUGCAAUUAACAUAAGUUGUGAUGGAAGUUAAAGAAAAUGGCUUUUUCUGUUGCCAAUAAAGAUUAGAUGAGAGAAAAUAAAUAUACUAAGU